GCGAUGGUUGAGCUGGGAUAUCCGGAGAGGAAGGAUUCGUUACUUUUUGCUUAGAAGUAUUCGCGAAUCACCCGGCUAUUCCUGUGACUGGUAUAGCCUAUUUGCACGAGAAAUGCAUGACAAAAGCAAACAACAGCAUACUUCCACCACAUCCAGGGGCUCGUCGUUUUUUAUCGAGAAUUUACUUGGCUCUUGUAGGACAGAAAAGUCCGUCCGUCCUUUAAAGGAUAGCGAUGGCGUGGAGCGAGAGAUGGUUCUUAAAGGCGGCACUAAAAUGCAUCGCAAGGAAAUGUGCAGUCAAGCAUCCAGCACAGGCUUCAACACAGACAUGUGUCGGAGCACGCAGUCACCCCUGGAGUGGUAUGAACGGGAAACCUCAGAGAGUCCAAAAGAAGAAACCCGCCAUUCCAGUGAACACUGCCGCAGCGACAGGAACAGCCCCGUGGCCUCUGAGCUUCUUGAUGGGGCAGUGGAGCGAAAAACGAGCGAGUGUGUGGGUGAUGAGGGUGAGGACGCUCGACAGCUUUUCGAGGAGCGCUCUGGUCCCGACACUACGGAGCCAGGCUCGGCCCGGAAGAAAAAGACCCGAACUGUGUUCAGUAGAAGCCAAGUCUUCCAGCUAGAAUCCACUUUCGACAUGAAGAGAUACCUCAGCAGCUCCGAGCGCGCCGGCCUCGCGGCCUCCCUGCACCUGACUGAGACACAGGUGAAAAUCUGGUUCCAGAACCGCAGAAACAAAUGGAAAAGACAACUGGCCGCGGAUUUAGAGGCUGUUAAUUUUAACCACAGCUCCCAACGGAUUGUACGGGUGCCCAUCUUGUACCAUGAUAAAACGACACCCAUGUCGACUCUCAGUUUUAACGUGUCUCAAGUCUCGCCACCAAUCAUGGGCUUCUCAAAUUCAGUGAACUAUCCGUUAUCAUCUUUUGCUCACUCAGUGAAUUUAAUGACAUCGCAAAUGACAGGCCUUGUCUGAUUGUCUCACGCUGACAAGUGGUCCAAUGACAGUUAUAAUGAAGGUGCAAUAAUUCAUACAGCCUACAUAUCCUGCUGGAAACUGCAGUACUGUCUCCUGCAUCCAAAGAAAAGAAAACACCUAUCACAAGAUCACAAGAGAAAUGACAAGUUUGUGUUAAUUGUCACUGUUACCUGUCUAUAAUAGGCCUAUAUAUAGUCUUCUGUGCAUGGGGGCCCUCACCUGUAUGUAAAUAUAAGGGCAACACUUGCUUUGUGCAAAUAUAUUUUUAUU